AUUUAUAUGCAUAGUUACAAGGGUAUUUCUUUAAUUUCAUAAAUCGAAUCUGUAUAACUUACUACAUAGGUAAACGUAAAAUGUGUAUAAAACAAGUCUAAAGAUGAAGUACCGACAAGCCACUUAAAAAAAUUGAGCUAUCCAUCAAUACCCUCGCCCAUAUCAAGAAUAUACGUUCGUUCGCACUACUGAUUUUCUUACAUAUAAUUUCCUGCCCUAAAAUUACCUAGUAAAGGAGAAAACUCUUAUUGCGAAGGAAAACGUGACCACUGAUGAUCCUAGUCACGUGACCGGUCGGACCCAGUGUUGUUGUUUACAAAAAGAUUCCCUUCAUCUCGUCUCAUUUCGAGUUUAGGACUGAUAUUACCCUCAAUGAAGAAGAACAAAAUUAUCUUGAAAACACGCCGGUUAAGGGGGUGAAUGAAGUGAUUGAAAUAUAAAUGUGAAAAGGAAAAAUAGUGGAGGCUUAAUAAUGGAGAUUUACGAGCUGUUAAGAAUCGAUAAUUUGUCUAGAAGAGGUUAUUAGAGCUACGCCUGUCAGAUCUUAGUUAUGUGGGGAGCGUCGAGUUAGAAGCACUGGACAUGGUAGAGAACACACUGAUAAAGUUACUGCCCUCCUUGUCACACCUCACACACCUCAACCUAUCCACAAACAGAAACAAGAUCACUUUCCCCUCCUGUUCCACGGAAAUCCUGCAAGUUGUGGGCUGCUCUUGCCCCAACCUGCAGCUCCUUGACCUCAACCACAACAACCGUGUCACAGGGGAAGGUCUGCUGUACCUCUACCCUUCUGACACGCGGAUUGGUUGUGCCAAGCUUGAGAAGCUCUUCAUCCAAGACUGCAGCAUCGAGCCAGAGGAUGUGGCGAUGUUGAUCCACUUUUUUCCAAACCUGCAGAUUGUAGGGUACAAGGAGCUCGGAACAUCAUUGCAGAUGCUCAAGUCACAGCCUAGAAAAUUUAGCUGGAAGAGGAGACGCUACCAGUACCGCCUCAAGCUUACACACGUUGACAACUCGCUGUCGAGGGUGCAGAGGUGUGAUGGGGAUGUGGUUGACUUUGUGUGCGAGUCGUGCCCAGAUCUUGAAAACCUUAAAGUGAGAGUAUGUGAUGAAGAUGUGGGAGGAAUGGGCAGAUUAGAGAAACUGAAACAUCUUGAGCUUAGGUUUUACACUGGAGUUCAUCACCCUAUCAGCCUCUCGACGUUAAGUUACCUAGUUGACCAUGGUCACAGACUAGCCUCCUUAGCCAUCUUCUGCAAUAGACUCCAUGCUCGCCACAUCCAGACAAUUGCAGAAAAAACUGCAUCAACCUCCAAGAAAUGUUUCUUCCAUGCCCCAUGGCCACCAUAUAGUCCUAUAUCCACUUAUGGCCUCUCUCGCUCCUCCCCUCCUGAUCAUAUUCCUCUUAGUCCUCCUUAUUGUUCAACAGGCAGAGAGCUGUGCUUUAGAUUCUACUCUUGUUACUUCUCCAACACCCAUCUUUACCCAUAUUACCCAUUGCCACAGAUAUAA